AAGCAUGUGUCUUUUGUGUUGCUCUUACAAUCAGAAGUGUUCCCAAGCACAAGGCAAAGGAAAGGAAGAUUGCAAGAACUCCGGAAGAAAAUGGCAGAAUCCCAUAAUAAGUAGAGGACAUGCAGAGACCAGAAUUAUUUCUACAGCAGAGGCACAAGUCCAAGAAACCCUUCUCCUUUCUGCAUUACAGAACAAUGGCUCAACUCGAACGUCCGCAAAGACAUGGUGAUGCUGAAGCUACAAUGGCCUCUGAGCAACGAAAACUUACUGUCAACCCUUCUAUGGAACACUAUCUUCGAGGAACUGAUUUUAUGAGGUCGUCAUCACCAACAUCCUUAUCAUCUCCAGUUGGGAGCCAUGAUGCAGAAGAAGAUCACAACCACCAUCCCAAGAAAUCAGUUCUCACCAAGGUGAAAGAAAAAGCUAAGAAACUGAAGCACUCACUCAGCACCAAGAAGAAACAUCAUGACAAUGAUAGCCAUGAGACCGAGGUCACCACCCGUUCAUGGAGUGCUAACUUAGAUGACAAUGAGGUUGAAGAAGAAGAUGCUGAAUACCUUGGAGCCCCAAUGUACAAAUCUGAGAUGGCACCUGAAGCAUACAGGGAAACGGCAAAGCUAGCAAGUCCUGUGCUGUCUGAGAAGCAUAUUUUGUCGAGCAGCUACAGUCAGAACUCUGAAAAUAAUAAGGAUAAGUCUCCUAGUUCUAACCAGAUAGUAGCCGAAAGUGUGAUCACGAAGCUUCCCAAUGAGAUAUUUACAGGAAUUGUUCUCACAAGGACUCUUAGUUCUAAAGAGACAGCAACUGGUACCGCGGCCACAAAGCCUCGUAGUCCUAACAAGACACUAAGUGAAACUAAUUCCCCUAACAAGCCUCACAGUCCCAACAGGACAGUAACCGAAUCUGGGGACACAAAGACUCUUAGUCCUAAGAAGACAAUAACUGAGACUGUGAGUGAGAAGUUGGGAGCAGGCUAUGCCACCGUGUCAGAGAAGUUGGGGACAGGCUAUGCCACCGUAUCAGAGAAGUUGGGAACAGGCUAUGCCACAACAUCAGAGAAGCUGGGAACAGGCUACAACAUAGCAUCAGAAAAGUUAGGAACAGGAUACAACACAGCAUCAGAGAAGUUAGGACCAGCUUAUGCCACAGUAUCAGAUGCAACACAUGCAAUUGCAUCGAAAAUAGAAAGUCUCACUGUGUCACCUCCAUUUCCUACAAACAGAGAAAUUCACACAGCUUCACGCCCGGAUCCCUCAAAAAUCAAAGGUCUCACUGUUACAGCCCCACCACCUGCACAGUACAUUACAGCUCGGGAAGCUCCACAGGCCUUGUCAGCAUCAGCAGUCGAGCAUAACUCUUCGACUAGUGCAGCUCUAGAGUCUCCACAACCUUUGUCAGCCCCAGCAGGUCCUGGAAAGGCCGAGCAAAGAUGGGAUAAGGGAGUUUCUGUGAAGGAGUAUUUGAUUCACAAGUUUGAGCCCGGGGAAGAUGAGAGAGCACUGUCACAAGUGAUAUCUGAUGUAAUGAGUCCGAGGAAAAAUCCCGGUGAAGCUGGUGUGGUGGAGAAGGUGAAAGGGGCUAUAAGUUCAUUGCUUCGGAACGAUGAAUCCCCCAGAGCUACUACUAUUUCACAGUCACCAUUUUCCCCAUCACAGUCAAUCUUGCCCCCAACACAGUCAGCCUUGUCCUCAUCACCGCGCAUUCCAAUCUCUACCAAUGCUUAUGAAGUUGUUGAGGAAGAAAAUCAGGGAAGAGUACUCCAGGCUAAUUGAAAGGUGGAAUGCAUCUGUUGAAAUUAAUUCUCUAGAAUUUUGUACAAGAUUCUAUAUACAGCAAUAAGCUUUUGUAUUGUGGACCUUUUUUCCAUCUCCGGAAGUUCAAACAUGUAAAUAAAUGAACUGAAU